UGAACAACUUAAAAACCGUCCUAUAAAAAUUAAAGAAGAGUUCGUUCACCACUUUGAGCGAGACAAAGCGGGAAAGCUUGUGCCUAUGCCACCAACGACCAUUUACAAAGAAGCUGUUGUCGCAAAAAUUGCAUAUCAACUUGAGGACUGGAAUGUUGGGACUAAACAGGGUGGGGUUGUGACAACUUCCCAAGGAGGUUUCAAACUUGGUAAUGGUGAGAUCAGAGCGCCAGAUGUGGCUUUCACAUCAAAAGAGAUUUGUCAUAGAUUAUCGAACAGGCAAAUCUGGACCUUUCAAGGUGAGGCAUUCAGUCCCACGUUCGUCGUAGAGGUGAAUGACAUUGAUAAUAUCCAAGGACAAAAUCACUUACUUGAUAGAUCAAAAUUUCGUGAAGCGGAUUCAAAGUUUAAAGACGUUUACUUUGCACGAGGUACAUCUGUUAAGAUGGGUCUUUUGGUCGAUCCAAAGAAUCACCACAUCUGGAUUUACAAGCGAAACCCUGGCACCAACGUCUUUCAACGACGGAAGAUGAGGCACUGGAAGAAUGUGGAUUUAAAUGACUGUCUUCCAGGCUUUAUCUUGCGCGUAUAUCAACUGGAAAUUGAACCACUCGAGAAUCCUGUGACGUCAUCAUCACCAAUGUCAACGGGAUCAUCACAACCAUCAGAGGAAGAGGCAGGAACAUUGCGGUGCCCCUAUCCUUCAUGCGAAAGGGCUUUUGAAAAUAUUUACCUUGCAAUUCAACAUGCUAGACAUGACCAUUGA